AUGUCUAGCCAUGGAUCUAGCCUCGUCGAUCCCUUGUACGGAAGCGCAUCGCCGGGGAACAUCGGCAACAAGACCUCCUCAGCCGUGUCCGUCCACACCGGUGAGCACCUGUUCAAGGUAUUCCGCCACUCCCGGAUCAAGGGCAUCAACACCUGCCUCACAUCCAAGCAAUUUCGUGUCGGCGGUCAUGACUGGGCCAUCCUCUACUACCCAAACGGCUUCCUCUCUGUCAACGAUGGGCAGUUCACGUCUGUGUAUCUCCGGUUGAUGAACGCCUCUGAACGUCAGGUCAAUUUGUCAUAUACCUUCUGCCUCCAGGACCCCGCGGCACCGCUGACCGGGGAGAAGAACAAGUACGGCUCCACCUGCAAGCUCUCGUCCAAGAGGGACAAAGAGGGUGUACGCAAGUUUGUGAGUAAAGCUGAUUUGGCCGCGUCAGGAUGCCUCAAGGAUGACUGCCUAGUGAUCAAGUGCUACGUCGAGGUCAUUGACGACCACGAGGAGAUCACUGUGCCACCCUCCGAGAUGAGCAGAGAUCUCCGCAAUCUUUUUGAAAGAGGCUUCAAGACAGACCUGACUAUCAUGGUCGGCAGGUUCAGAAGUUUCGAGGCACAUGCGUGCAUCCUCGCGGCACGAUCGCCGGUUUUCCACGCAGAGCUCUGUGGAUCUAUGAUGGAGAGCAAGGAAAACAUCAUCCAGAUUGAUGGUAUGAGUGCUAAGGUUUUCGAGAUCCUCUUGUAUUACAUAUACAAUGAUUGUCUGCCUAAGUUUAUGGACGACACCACGAAAGAUGCUACAAAUAUGGCACAACACUUGCUCGUCGCGGCUGAUAGGUAUGCUAUUGAGAGGUUGAAGCUAAUAUGCGAGAGCAAGUUGUGCAAAACACUAGCCAUCAGCUCAGUAGGUUAUACUCUGAAUCUUGCAGAGCAAUACAGUUGUCAUGAUCUCAAGGCUCGUUGUUUAAAGUUCAUUGGAAAAAACCGCGAGAAGCUGCGAUCCGUUGAAAACGCAGGAGGGUUCGUGCAACUAAAGCACAACUAUCCACUCCUUGCGCAAGAUGCUCUCGGCAAGCUGACUGGUAAGAAGAAGAAGAAAAACCAGUGGAGCAAAUGA